UGCAAUUGUCCUUCCAGUUAAAGCUGUAUGGCUGUUUUUUUAACUGCAUAGCUAGCUAAAUGUGCUAAACGUUGGUCGGGCCAUGGCCUGCGUGGCCUACCCCGUUCGGCAGCCUAUAAGGUGAGGCACAGCAGUGGCAGUGGUGCAGAGUUGUCUCUGCUGCUCCUGGGCAGGCAGGGGGCACUUCACCAUGGCAGCCAUGGCAGCGUAGUGCUCCCUCCUGCACCAGGUCCCACCCUCUGGGCUGCAGAGGUGGCUUCUGCCUGGAGCUGGUCCAGUCCGAUUGUAGCCCUGUGCCCCACUGUGGGGGGCAGAAAUCUCAUGGGGUAGAUGUCCCUCCACCCCGCUGCCAUGUUGCCUGUGCCCCGUCCUGCCUCCGCAUGCAUCACCUGUAACCACAUCCCCCUUCCUCACACACCCCCACCCCAUUUCCCACAUAUUGGGGGCAGGGGGCACGUGUCCACCAUCUUAGCCCCCCCCCCCGGCAAAAAUAAGUCAGUGCCUAUGUCAGUACCUGAGUCUCUACAGAAUGUGGGCUGUCCUGAAGGGUGGCACCCUCAAGAGCAUCAUGCAGAGAUAUAACAAGCAGGAUUGGCAUCCUGGCAAACUCUGUGGGAGAGCAGGUGGAAAGUGGGGAGAGUGUAGGAGAUGCACAGGUUCCAAGAGCUGGGAAGGGGUGUGGGGGGGCAAUUCUGGAGCCCCUAACUCGGUGCCAAGGCUGGUGCCCUGUUUGCCCACCCCUAGUUUUGCUACUGAGCUCCCCAGCUGCCAAGCAAGCCAGUCCCCAUGCCAGAUUCCAUGCUGAGGCAUGAACUGAUUUAAUAAUUUGGAGAGAGGUCAUUCCUCACCAGGCUAUUUAAGAGGUACAAAAUAUUGAUAGACCAGGCUUUAAACUAGCACAAGAGACUUGCAGUUACAGAACUAGACUUAUUCCUUUGCAGAGAGCAUAAAUCUCAAACAGAUUUCAGCUUUAUUUUUUUUCAUUCACUAUUUUUCCAUUCUCUCUCUAUAUGCCCUUUCCCCUUUGCUUAAUAUUACUGUCCACCUCCCCUUCUGUUCUCUCCCUUGCACCGAUUCUGCCCUUUCUCUCUAACCUAGUUCCAGCCUUCAUUUUUAAGUCUCUUCCCUCCUAUUAGGAACUGCGCUUUUGAGAUGUUGUUGCAGAAUUGUGCAUGUGUACAUAUAUAGUUUAUGAUUCUUUACAGUGAAAAGUGCUUCUAUAUUUUUAUUUGUCAGACAUCUUCCAAUAUUAUCUCCUAGUUAAGAUGUCAGUGUCAUCUGGGUCUUAGUUUUAGAUUGCAAAGUGUACAUUGUUUAAACUGAGUAAUAAUGAAUAUAGGCUAGGAAAGUCAGUUUUUCAAGAUAGAGCAGGUUCUCUUUGAGGUUGAUGGCAAGAAGAAUUAAAAUCCAGUUAUCCUUAUUUUAUUUUCUCUUUAUUGCACUUUAAAAUCUGACAAACUAAUCUGAUCAUUCAUUUUUAUUAUAUAAAGAUUAUAAUGUGGUAAGCACUGACAAUGAAGUCCCCUUUCCAAAGAACUUACAAACUAGUUUAGAAUAAAAAUUUAAUGAAAAUUGUAUCCGGUGAUAGUGGGAAAUGAAAAGAUACUGCUCCAUGUCUAAUAAUGCGCGCAUCAGGUUUCUGCUAAGAACAAAUGUUUAUAUCCUAUUUAAAAAUCAGGUUUGCAUAGCAAAUUCUAACUGGACUUCAGUACAGUUCUAUGAAAGUCUUACCAGUAGAUAAUAAGAGAAGAUGUUAAAAAUACUCCUUGCAAAAUAAGGUAUCUCUCAAUAGGUAUCUCUCCUUACAAAAUAAGGUAUCUCUUCAGCUAAAUGAAGGCAAUUGAGCUACUAAAAACACAAACAACCCAGUUGGAAUAUAGACCAAUGACACUUGAUGGAAUUUAAUUGUCACUAGUUGCUAGGCAACACCUGUACACAACUUGGAGGAAGGCCUCUGAACAGCAAAGCAGCUAAGAUUUAUCAUGGAAUUAGUUGCAGAUUGUGCCUGUUAAUACAAGACCAACAUUGGAGAAACCUUUCAGAAAGUGUGUUUCCCAGUAGCAGAAGCAAGAUAUUUCACCAGUGCUAGAAGGAUGAAUAUAUCAACCCUUUGCAGCAGUAAUAAUCCAUUUGCUAUUGAUGAUAAACUGAGGGUCACCCUUUCUGAGAGCCAUGAGCCAUCUGGGCACUUCCAGUCCUGCAGCAACUCACCUGUAGACUUGCAAACUACAAAGACCACCAGGCCUUUGCAAGAUACCUGCCUUUCCCAGCCCUGUUAUUCACAAUGCUAUGUAAAGUACCUCAAGAAGAUAGCUACAGACCUGAGAUUCUCCAAGGAAGUUGUGAAGCACAGAGGGCUGCCCACCCUCCCCUAUAAGGAAUGUGACUUCAAGUACCUCUAUGAUGCUUCUGGAAUCAUUCAAAAGCCACAAAACAAAGAAUCUAUUGCUAAGAAAGUAGGGCAGCCACUGAAACUCCACCCUCUAAAGCAACCACCUUGCCUUUUAAAAUCAGAUAUUUCACCUCCUACAGGGACCAGGGAAGAGUCUCUGUGGAGAACCAAAAGGCAGAGCUCACCUUCUCCACUUCUUCAUGAAACUCCUUUUUCAAAGACAUUCCUGACAGAGUCUCAUGAAAUGUCAUCAACAGCAGUGACCAGAAGAGGACAUGAAAAGAAGGUAUCUCCAGGGGAUGCCUCAGUAUCAAGGAUAAGGUGUCAGGGAUGGGAGGAAAUGCUUUUGAAGAAGCUGAACAGGACCACAGCUCAAUGGAUUGUGAAUCAACAGGCUACUUGGGGUGGGUGGAUUCAGGAUAAGCCUCAUAGUUUCACAAAACAAAAGUUUGACUGGAACAGAAUCAGGGAUGAACUUUCUUCUGAAAGUGAUUUGAAAUUAUUGGAUGAAAUUCAAGCUGGAGAAGAUGCCAUGGAAGUCAGUUCCCAGAGCCAAGCACAGCAGAAACCUGAGACGCUCCUCCCAGUCUACUAUAGGUUGCCUGCUUAUUGCACAAGAGUUCUGCCAGCAGAUGACCCUGUUGGUUACAACAAUACAGCUGAUGAAACAAAAAGGAAGUGUCUUAGACCAGCAUCCCCUAUGAAGAAGUGGGAACGUCCAACCUCCUGUCUGAGGAAAUACACAUACGCUGCCAAGAAUGCCUUUGAACAUGAGCUUUACUUUGGGACAGUCAAGAUUGUCCAUCAGAUGGACAAGAGAGGAAAGGAUUGCUUCAUCCUAGAGAAUCAUGAUGAGUAUUACAAACACCUCCAGCAGCACUUUCCAAGACCUCCAGUGCAUUGGAGUUUCCAGCCACAAAAAGGAGCUCAGAAGCCUGAGAAGGGAGCUUUCCGCUGGACUGCUCUGCCUACCCAAGCUGAUGAUUUUGUACAAAGGGGCCAGGAGCCACCUCAGGCAAAGACCAGUAAAGGGAGAAAAGAGCCCAAGGAAUCUAAGGCAGGCCUGCCUGAAGAUAUGCACAUCCUCAGAACUAUGUUGGAGCAGUGGAAAAAUGCUUGGAAGCUGACUCCCCAGUGGCAGAAUGCAACUAUAGAAGGCUUAACAAGGGCUCUCACGGAUAUACACGAUGUUGUUUGUGUCUCAGCUAUAAUAACUUGUGCAUCUGCAGUGGUGGAACAACCUAGAUCAGACACUAGCAAUCAGGAGUCAGUUGUAGAAAUAGAUGGCACUGGAAAGGUUCCAGAAAUCCAGGAUGUGCCUGAAGAACUGCAGCCUUUACUGAAAAAGACCCUGAGGCAUGAGAGUGCCCAUGUGAGAAUGGCAGCAGCCGUGUGUCAUUAUGCCACAGGGAUGAGGAAUGAGGAGGCUCGAGCAGUCAUGCAGGAUGCUCUGGUACAUGGCAAUUCUGCAGAUAGCUGGGCAGCAGCACAGUGCCUGGCACUGGACGGCAUCAUCACAUUACCUGUAGUGACCAAAAUCCUUUCCCAGCUGUUUGACAAGAAUGAUGAAAACACUGAGAAGCAGGCGUGUCUUCUAUUAACCCAGCUCAGUGAACGCACAAGCUUGGUGUACUCCCUGCUGGCAGCAAAAUUGAACAGUUGCCAGUGGAAAGAUCGGAUUUUGGCCUGCAAGGCUCUCUCCCGCAUCCGUGGGUAUGUCAGCCAGGACCUAAAGAACAAGCUUGUUCAGCUGAUGUGGAAAGACUGGAAAUUAGAUGUGCGCCAGGCAGCUGCCCUGGCACUGGGGCACAUGAAGUUUGGAAAGGAAGUUCAUGACCAACUCAGGGUGAAGCUGAAAAGGGGAGAUUGCCGGACAAAGGUCGAAGCUCUCUCUUUGAUUGGUUGGCUACGGUUCAUGACAGCUAAGCUACUCCCUGGCUUUCUCCAGUGCUUCUCCAAUGACUUUGUUGCAGUGCGGCGGGAAGCUUGCCUUACAGCUGGAGCCCUUAGGAUCAAAGAUGAGACUGUCCUUAAAUGCCUUUUGAAGACAAUGCAGACUGACCCUCACUGGAAAAUCAAGGCCUUUGCCAUCAAAGCAUUGGGCCAAAUAGGCCAUGUUAGCCCGCAGCUGAAACGUCUUCUUCUUUGGGCUGUUCACUAUGAGGAGAAGCCAGGAGUACGAAAGGAGGCCUGUCGUGCCAUUGUCACCCUCCACUUACAGGAUGAAAGUGUUCAGGCCACCUUAUUGGAGAGGGUGAUUCUGGAGCCAAAUGAGAUGGUCAGAGAGGAAAUGAAUCGAGCUAUGAAGGCUCUCAACUUUCAACAUAAGGAGGAUCAGAAAACAGUUGAGAAAAUCAAGAAUGAGAUUUCCAGCCUCAGCCAAAAGGCAUUGGUGACCCAGAAACUGCUGAAACUUGAAGAGAUUAUAGACCAUCUGUGGCAGAAAGCCGAUCGAAUCUAUCAUGCAGAGGAGCAUAGCUCUGACUACAAGGAUAUACUGGAAAACCUGAGGGCUGCCCUUGAAUCCACUUCCAUUGGAGAAAGCUAUUCUUCUACCACAAUGACUUCUAAGAUCUGGACCCCCAAUUCAGGUUUACCAGUAUGUGCAAGUACUAUGUGGAAACUCCAUCAAGUCCCUGGACAUGAAAAGCCAUCUUACUAUCACUUGACUCUCACCACAAUGAAGAGGCAAUCCUGUAGCAGUAAGGAGUCAAUCCCAGCAGAAAGGGGACAACCCUCAUCGUCACUUUGUAGGUAGAAGAAACCAUCUGACUUCUUUGACCAAUAUCAAGUGACUAGAGAGUUCCCUUGAAUGACUCUCGCUGUCUUCUGCAGGACAGAAAGUACAGGAAUUCUGACCAAUCCCCAAACUCAUGAAAACAUACUGCUAGACUUUGGCAGCUGUGAAUGACCUUUGACUGGAAGUGUGAAAUAUCACUUGAUAACUGGAUUGUUUUGUGAGUUGUUUCUCCAUAAAGUUGCCUUGCUCUCAGCAGACAUUUUAUAUGCAGAUCUUUUUUACUAAUAAUGUUAGUAUGUCUCUCUCACUGGAGAAGGAUAAUAAUGGGAUAUUGUUUAUUGGACAAACAAGUCUGAUAGUUUAUAUACAUUACAUACAAGCUUAGGGGCUUAAAAAUUUAUUUCCUCAAACCUGUUUAGGAUAGUUCAGUAUAAAGGAAUCACAUACCUUACUAAGAGCACUUCUUGAGAACAAAUGAAAAUUAACAUUUUCCACAUACUAUUUAAUAAAAAUGGGUAGGUGAGAUUAAGGACCAACAGGUACACAUCUAAAGCACAAGAACGUAAUGUUAGGCCAGACGCAAGAUUCCUGGGAAGUGUAAAAUCUUAGUACGCAGAUAGAACGACUGCAUUCUAUUUAGUGGAUGUUUUUGUUCAGAUAGGUUUCAGAAGGAGAUUCUAAAUGCAGUUGGCAUAAUACCUUCUGGAAGUACUAAAAGGAAGUACUAUGCCUUGGAAGUACCAAAAGGAAGUACUAAAAGAUAAUGCAGUAACUACCCGUAUUGCGCCAUGCGCACUGAGCACAGUUAUUUUUAGCUCCUACAUCACUGUAACAGCAUGCUACAUCAGGAACACGUUGCUACAGCGACAUAGGGGCUGGUCACAUGUAGAUGCCCAUGGACACUACAUCGCCAUAGUGCUUUGCUACAGCAACAUGGCAUUAUGUGUAGACGUGCCCAUUGAAUCACAGUUAUUUGUCCUACCUGAGAUGUGGCAGUUGAGACUGGGGCAGAGGUGGGCAAAAUGUGGCCUGUGGGCUGGAUGUGGCCCACCAAGCCAUUCUAUCCAGCCUGCAGGGCCCCUAAAAAUUUAGAAAAUGAAUAUUUAUCUGCCCCUGGCUGCCUGUCAUGCAGCCCUUGGUGGCUUGCCAAAACUCAGUAAGUGGCCCUCUGCCUGAAAUAAUUGCCCACCCCUGGUCUGGGGCCAUUCAGGGACUGAGGCACUGAUCAGGGUCAGGAUGGGUGAGCAGAAUUUAAAAACAAACUGGGUCAGGAAGCAAGGUCAAUCUGAGAGUGGAGUCUAGGAAUGAGUUGGGUCAAGGAGCUGGGAAGUCAAGCAGAGUGGAGUCUAGAAACAAGCCAGGGUUUCCAGCAGCAUUGCCAUCAGUAGCUGGAACCAAAGUGAACUUCCUGGGCUUUCCAGCUGACCAGCAGGUGAUGGAGAGAUGAACCAGAGGAACCCUAGAAUAAAGGUAUAAUGCUGGAAAUGGAUUUCUCUGAUGCAUAGAGUCUCGAGGUGACCAUGGAUGUUCACCUCCAGAGUGGUGAUCCCCCACUCCCAUGGAGCUGGACACUAGAGGUGAGUCAUCUGUAGUCUCAGUGGUCUCUGGCUUGAACCGCUGUUGUAAUGGGAUUUAUAGGGCCUGGGCUACAGACUCUUUGAUGACAUUGCACACUACCCCAGAGUCCAGUAAGACAGUCAACAGGAGGAUUUGACCUGGGACUUGGAGGUGGAUGAAUAGCUGUAACUGAGGGUUCUGUGGGUCAGGUUUGUUGCAGGAUUCUAUUACUGAGUGAGGGGAGUUUGUGGAGACUGCAGCUGCCCCACCUUAUCGCAUCUGGGGUGGCUUAUUUGCAUGGUCCCCUCUAUUGAGGCAGAGGACACCCUUUGGAAAUGCAGGUUGUGUUGGCACUUCCUUUCAUCUGGGAUAAGGCAACACUACCCCUUCCCCGAGUUAAUUUGCAUGAGUUUGGAAAUAACCACUAUGGGGCAAGGACCUGGAAGGGGUAGGGAAUGCCUUUUUCCUCCCUCCAUUCCUGGAGGGAAUGGUGAAGAUGUGCUGCCAGGUCCAUGAAGGCACUGAACCCCAAAGGCAUCUCUACUCAUGCCAGUUCAUUUUUUACCUCAUCCUGCAGAGCCCACCAGAAGUGAUAAAGCUAGGACACCCCAUUUCAGUGGUGUUUGCUAUGUAGCAAUGGAAAAGAGAUGCAUAGGUGGUGGUAGUCCCCUGCCUCAGUGAAGGUUCCCUAAUGCUGUCCAUGCUCAGUGAGAGUCAAACAUCAUGGAGAUUUCUUGAAGGAAUGCUUCCCAGUCCUAGGGAACAGGGCUGUCAUGCUCUACCAUAGACUUAUGACAAGGCUUAUUUUUGCCUGAUCCUUGGAGUAGGUUGAGCAAAGAACAAAAGGUGGCGUUGGAUAAGAAACCCCUUGAAGCAGCACCAGUCCCCACAUAGCAGGAGAGGGGGACAGGACAGGACCUGCAGGACAGGCCUGAAGCACAGUUAUUUAUUCCCACAGCUGCUGUGCCUCUUCCAGCACUGGCUAUUCUCCUGGUGGUACACAAUCUAGGACUGGAGGGAUUGGUGAUUGGCCAACAGUUGCUGUGUCCAGGCUUUUAGGACUUUUCAGAGACAAACCAGUUCAGAUGAUCCUACCUAGCUUGCAGGUCUUCCCAAGGCUGCAGCAUUCAAAGCAGUGAGUCUGAGGGCACCAGCACAGGAUUAUGUUCCAUGCUGAGCCUUCUUCAUUGGGGUAGUUCAGGCAAACUGUCACAUUGGGGCAUGGAUGAUCAUGUUUGGAGCCUCUCCACAGAUCAAGGUGCUAACCAGGGUCAGGAUAGGUGAACAGAAUCUGAGAACAAUCCAAGAGCAGGGUCUAGGAGCCAACUGAGUAAAAAAGCCAGGAAAUCAAGCAGAGAUUAGAGUUGAGGAGCAAGCCACAGGGACCAGCAAUGCAGUGUUGGAUCAGGUUAAGUCCCAUUGCCAGUACCAUAUCCAGGAAGUUUGGCAUCUGGGGCAAGCCUGCAGCAGCAGCCUGCUCUUGCCCCACACACAGAUCCGGGGGGCACAUGUCUGUCCCCCCUCCCCCCCCAUACUUGCCUGGGAGUGCACACAGCAGCAGAAGCCGCCCUUCCUUCAUCCCGGCGCCCCCCCAAAAGAGCUGCUCGCAUCUCUGUUGCACACCCUGCCCUGGCUGGCCAAUGCCUGUUGGUGUCGCUUCCCUUUUACACCCAGGGCGUUCACCUCGCUCACCCCCCACCUCCCUUUUCUAUGGUACUGCCUGUUGCCCAAACACUUUAUGGCCCUACUCAAGGGUUUAUAUGGGGGAAGUCAAGAGUCAACUGACCUUGGCUGUCCACUUUGAUGACAGGGAGUGGGCAAAGGGUUAGGUCCUGUGGCUUUAGGCCAACUUGGAUCAGCUCUAGGGUGGCAGACUGGGUUGAAUGGGUGUGUUGGUUGGGUUGAGGCCAUGGCCUUAUGUUAUUGUGGCAAUGUCCAUGCUCUAUCUGGGAACUGUCUUCCUAUUAAUGUGCUAUAAUGAGUUCUAUAACGAUUUUAUAAAAUAUCAUCAGUUGUUAUUUUGAGCUGAGCUGGGUUGCUUUGUAUUCAGACAGUCAAAUAUAGACAGACUUAUUUUCUAAGGUUUUAUUACCCAAGGAAGAGAAUGCAGGCUAGGUUGGAUCCAAGUUUGCUUUCAUACUUCUACUUAAAAUAGAAAAGGGAGAUGCCAGGUAACAAGCUGUAUCUUCUUAAAGAAUUCCAAAAGCUAAAGGCUGUAGGUAUAUUUAAAGCCAAAUCUACCCAAAUGUCCUCAUUCUCACUCAUCCAUAUCUGUUCUCUUCCCAUCUCUCUCCCACAGAGAGCUUCCUGGAAUCAUAAUGUAAAUGGCUUUGUAUUUAUUUUUUAUGCAAGUUAUAGGAAUUUUACCCAUUACGCACGAUUGCCAUCUUUGACAAAAGGCACUUACCUACCUUCCAGUUCCAUUUCAGCCAGAAAGACGCUGUUCAGGUGGAAAAUGUGAAGAAGUUUAAUGGGUUUUAAUGUAUUGUUGUAGUGAAUUAUUAAAACAUCUAUGGUCAAUAACAAGGUUCAAUAUGCCAGAGGAGAGUUUGCAUAUUUUUUAUUAUGAGAACAGACUUUUAUGAAGGUAAAGGAUCCAGUGGACAAGUGCACUUGUUAUUCUCGAGGAUCAAGCCUUCUGUUAUGUUUGUGUUGUCUCUGGCCUUGUUAAUUUUCUGGUUAUUUCAGACCCUACCACUAGGUGUCAGGCAUAGAACAAUGUUUCACCCAUACAUACAUUUUACUGCUUCUGUAUGUGCAAACAUUAUGGGAAUAAUGAAUGGAAAGGACAAUAUAUGUAUAUGAGCUUGUGUAUGUAUAUACAUAUAUUUAUUUUUUUUGAGCAUGGAAGUCUAAGUAUCAUAAAGAUGAGGCCAGUAUGUUUGUAUAUGUGUAUGCUGUAAUG